AUGCUGGAUGCGAUAGUGAUUGGCGCUGGCCUCGCUGGCCUGCAAGCCGCUCGAUCAUUACAAGAAGCCGGCCUUGCAGUGGCCGUGCUUGAAGCCAGAGAUCGUGUGGGAGGGAAAGUAUGGUCUGUACCCUUGGCUUCUGGCCGUGGUGUCGCGGAUCUUGGAGCAGCUUGGGUCAAUGACCAAACCCAGCCUCGGAUAUCCCGCUAUCUCGAGCGCUGGAACUUGAAGCGCGUCGAACAGCGUCUGGGCCACACUGCCGUCAUUCAGGUCAAUGAGCGGGAGCAAGUCGAGUUCCCAUACGGGAUUACACCAGAUUUCACUACAGCGGAGAAAAAGACCCUCGAGUUCGUCCGCGAUCACAUUCAGGCCGAAUCACUUAGGCCGGAGAAAGCAAAGCCAGAGGACGAUGCCAUCAGCCUCGACCAAUAUGUUCGGAACCUGGGAGGAACAGACAAGACGAUCCAAAUGGUAAACCUGUGGGUACGCGUCAUGCACGGCGUAGAGUCUACAGAAGAAUCAGCAGCCUUCUUUAUCGAUUACUGCAGACGCAACAAGGGUCUGCUGUCAAUUCGAGCAGAUGACAAGAGUGGAGGAAACUUCCAACGUCUCCAUCGCGGCACUCAGUCUAUCGCCCAUGGACUCCACGAGCUGGUCGGCACACAAAACGUGUACUUGUCCUCGCCCGUGAAGUCCAUCGACGACAGCCGCUCGCAUGUCGUCGUGACGACGAGAACAGGGACUGUGUUCAAAGCCAGGAGAGUCGUCAUUUCAAUCCCGAGCACAAUGUACCGGGAUCUGACUAUAUCACCGCCUUUGCCGGUGGGAUUGUCAGAGCUGGCAGAUGCAGCCACCAUGGGUGACUACAACAAGAUGAUUGUUUGUUACGACACGCCGUGGUGGAGGGCGUCGUCCUACAACGGCUUCUUCAUGAGUUAUGUUGGCCCCAGUCCACUGGCACGUGACACGAGUGUCGACGAAGUAGGCCUUUACUGUCUCACGUGCUUCGUGAACGGGAACUUCGGGCGCACAUGGUCUACACUAGCUCCUCAUGAGCGACGAGCACGCAUCUUGAAGCAAUUGGCCGCCGUGUUCAAAGCAGGUCCAGAAUCCGAGGUGUGGAAGCCCAUCGAGAUGUUCGAUCAGAUCUGGAAGCAUGAAGAAUUCUCCAAAGGGGCGCUAGUACCCAUUACCAGCUUGACACACUUGACCAAGCAUGCGGAUGUGUAUGGAAAGGCUGUUGGUAACAUCCACUUCUGCGGCACAGAGUAUGCUACCGAGUGGAAAGGGUACAUGGAGGGCGCAUUGUGCUCUGGCGAGAACGUAUCUCGGGAGAUGUUGAGGGCGAUGGGAGCCGAUGCCAGGCAACCAGGGAAGAAAUAA